AUGUAUGUGUAUACUUUUAUUUAUUUAUUUAUGUAUAUAUUUUUAAAAAUGGGAUUGUCCUCUAUCGUUUGCUUUGUACUCUGUUUUUCUUUUUUCACUUAGCAUAUUGGGAACAUCCUGUCAUUGUCCUCAAAUGAGUUUCUUUCAUAUCCUUUUUGAGAGUUGUUUGUUUUCCAUAGAACUGAAUUCUGUCUGCCGUGUUGGUGCACAUUUUGAUUGUGUUCAGUUUUUUGCAGUUAUAAACAAAGCCUCACUGAAUGAAUAUCCUUGUGCCUAAAUCUUUACACAUGUCCCUGAAGGAAAUACCCUAAAACUCAUUUCUGGGAUUGCUAGACCAAAGGGUAUACAUAUUUCUAGAGUUUUUGAUAUAGAUUGCCGGUUUGCUCACCAGAAAUGUUGUACCAGUCUACACUCAUUACUAAAAUGAAUUUUAGUAAUUCAUUUUCAUAGUGCUGAUAAAAUAAUAAAAAAUAAAAUCAAGGUAGAUACAGUUUUAUCCUUCAAUUCAUCUGAACCAGUUGGAAACCCAGAAAAGUUGAUCCUUAUUUGUCUUUCCUAUCAGGAAUUGCUUUCAUACCCAACCACUGAUGGAAAAUUUGUAAGCUAUUUGAGUAGACCUUAUGGAAAGAUGAAAUAAUAGUGCAUUGAUAAGAUGAAGAAACUAAUUAUCCCGAGAUGGUGUUGAAUAUAUCUGUAGUGUUUGUGAAUUUAGGUUUGCUCCCCAUGUUUUUAUUUUAUUCUAAAAUCAUCACCAUUUUUUUUUUUCGCCAUUUUUGACUUAGAGAUUUCUGAGCCAAAAGAUAACUGACACUUACCUAGGGUCCUGAAGCAAAUUAACCUUGAACAUUUCAUUGUUUUCUGUUUAGGAAGUGUUAAGCCUUCCUAAUCAUUGGGAUUUCCCAAAGUUCUAUCUUAUUAAGGAUACUGAAAUUUUAAACGAUGACCAUAUACAUUAGUUUGUUAAUGCUUGUAACUAUACUUACAAAGCUAGAAUUUCCUCAUCUUGUUUAUAGGAAGCAGUGGGUAUAUUUCUCAAAGUUGAGGAGGUGAACUUUUAGGGAACAAGCCAUUUAAAAUCUUGAAAAACAAGUUUUCAUCUUUGAGGCUAUUUGAAUAUUGAAUAUAGGAGAAAGGAGAAGAGUGUAUGUAUUUCUCUUUUUUAAAAUAAAUUUAUUUAUUUUAUUUUUGGCUGAGUUGGGUCUUUGUUGCUGCACGCGGGCUUUCUCUAGCCGUGACGAGCAGGGGCUACUCUUGGUUGCCGUGCGCGGGCUUCUCAUUGCGGUGGCUUGUCUUGUUGUGCAGCACAGGCUCUUGUGUCGCACGGGCUUCAGCAGUUGUGGUGUGCAGGCUCAGUAGUUGUGGCUCACAGGCUUAGUUACUCCACGGCACGUGAGAUCUUUCUAGACCAGGGCUCAAACCCGUGUCCCCUGCAUUGGCAGGCGGACUCUUAACCAUUGCACCACCAGGGAAGCCCAAGAGUGUACGUAUUUCUUAAAGCUCUUAAAGAGUCUUUGAAUGUCCCUGCAGAUCUAAAUAGUACUCAGAGGGGCUUCUGGCAGACUUAAAGAAAAAAGAUGGGAAGGAGAAAGGAAUGUUAGAAUGCAGGCCACGUUUGCAUGCUGGAUUCAGUAGUAUUGGUUGCCUGCCUCUGUCUGAAACCGAGCUCCUUCCUUAAUGAACGUGUGUGUUUAAAUCACAGGCGGGGAAAGUUUUGGGGUGAAGUUUCACUUUUUUGUAGUGGCAGCAGUCCUGGACAUGCUGCUGGAACACAGAGGAUGAGUUCAGCACCUUCUCUACAGAUGGUAUCUCUGCCCACAGCUCAUCUCUUUUACAUAGCAAGCCUUUGUUCUCUGGAGAGUGGACCUCUGUGGGUUGGCCAGUCCAACUCCUGUCGGAGACUGAAGGUGACUGAUAAGAAGUCCAAAGGUCAAAAUGGACCAAUGUGGGCAUCAGCGAGAGCUUUCUAACGGUCAAAGGUGCUGCCCUUUUUCUGCCACGGGGAAAUGGCUCAUCCACACCAAGAAUCAGCCACAGACGCAAUAAGCAUGCAGGUGACCUCCAACAGCAUCUCCAAGCAAUGUUCAUAUUACUCCGCCCAGAAGACAACAUCAGGCUGGCUGUAAGACUAGAAAGUACUUACCAGAAUCGAACACGCUAUAUGGUAGUGGUUUCAACUAACGGUAGACAAGACACUGAAGAAAGCAUCGUCCUAGGAAUGGAUUUCUCCUCUAAUGACAGUAGCACUUGUACCAUGGGUUUAGUCCUGCCUCUCUGGAGUGACACCCUAAUUCAUUUGGAUGGUGAUGGUGGGUUCAGCGUAUCAACAGAUAACAGAGUUCACAUAUUCAAACCUGUGUCUGUGCAGGCAAUGUGGUCUGCAUUACAGAGUCUACACAAGGCUUGUGAAGUCGCCAGAAUGCAUAACUACUACCCUGGCAGCCUGUUUCUCACCUGGGUGAGUUAUUACGAGAGCCAUAUCAACUCAGAUCAAUCCUCAGUCAAUGAAUGGAAUGCUAUGCAGGAUGUGCAGUCCCACCGGCCUGAUUCUCCAGCUCUUUUCACAGACAUACCAACUGAACGUGAGCGAACAGAAAGGCUAAUUAAAACCAAAUUAAGGGAGAUUAUGAUGCAGAAGGAUUUGGAGAAUAUCACAUCCAAAGAGAUACGAACUGAAUUGGAAAUGCAAAUGGUGUGCAACUUGCGAGAAUUCAAGGAAUUUAUAGAUAAUGAAAUGAUAGUGAUCCUUGGUCAGAUGGAUAGCCCUACACAGAUAUUUGAGCACGUGUUCUUGGGCUCGGAAUGGAAUGCCUCUAACUUAGAGGAUUUACAGAACCGAGGGGUGCGAUAUAUCUUGAAUGUCACUCGAGAGAUAGAUAACUUCUUCCCAGGAGUCUUUGAGUAUCACAACAUUCGGGUAUAUGAUGAAGAGGCAACGGAUCUCCUGGCUUACUGGAAUGACACUUACAAAUUCAUCUCUAAAGCAAAGAAACAUGGAUCUAAAUGCCUUGUGCACUGCAAAAUGGGGGUGAGUCGCUCAGCCUCCACUGUGAUUGCCUAUGCGAUGAAGGAGUAUGGCUGGAAUCUGGACCGAGCCUAUGACUAUGUGAAGGAAAGACGAACAGUGACCAAGCCCAACCCCAGCUUCAUGAGACAGCUGGAAGAGUACCAGGGGAUCUUGCUGGCAAGCAAACAGCGGCAUAACAAGCUCUGGCGAUCUCAUUCAGAUAGUGACCUCUCGGACCACCACGAACCCAUCUGCAAAGCAGGACUAGAACUCAACAAGAAGGAGAUCACCACCUCAGCAGACCAGAUUGCCGAGGUCAAGACCAUGGAGAGUCACCCACCCAUACCUCCCGUCUUCGUGGAACAUGUCGUCCCACAGGAUGAAAAUCAGAAAGGCCUGUGUACCAAAGAAAGAAUGAUCUGCUUGGAGUUUACUUCUAGGGAAUUUCAUGCCGGACAGAUUGAAGAUGAAUUAAACCUAAAUGACAUCAAUGGAUGCUCAUCAGGGUGUUGUCUCAAUGAAUCAAAAUUCCCUCUUGACAACUGCCAUGCAUCCAAAGCCUUAAUCCAACCUGGACAGGACCCAGAAAUGGCCAACAAGUUCCCAGACUUAACAGUGGAAGAUUUGGAGACAGACGCACUGAAAGCAGACAUGAACGUCCACUUACUGCCCAUGGAAGAAUUGACAUCCCGCCUGAAAGAUCUCCCCAUGUCCCCUGAUCCUGACUCACCGAGCCCCCAACCCAGUUGCCAGGCUGAAGUCUCAGAUUUCAGUACAGAUCGCAUUGACUUUUUUAGCGCGCUAGAGAAGUUUGUAGAGCUUUCCCAAGAAACCCGGGCCCGAUCUUUUUCUCACUCAAGGAUGGAGGAACUGGGUGGAGGAAGGAGCGAGAGCUGUCGACUGUCAGUGGUCGAAGUAGCCCCUUCCGAAGCGACCGCUGAUGACCAGAGAAGCAGCUCUCUGAGUAAUACUCCCCACGCAUCUGAAGAAUCUUCAAUAGAUGAGGAACAGUCAAAGGCAAUCUCAGAACUGGUCAGUCCAGACAUCUUCAUGCAGUCUCACUCAGAAAAUGCAAUUUCAGUCAAAGAAAUCGUCACUGAGAUUGAAUCCAUCAGUCAAGGAGUUGGACAGAUUCAAGUGAAAGGCGACAUCCUAGCCAUUCCAUGCCAUACACCAAAGAAGCACAUCGUCCAUGAGCUGCCCCUUGAGAGGGCCCAAGCCGCAGAGAACAAACCUGGAAAUCUGGAGCAGAGUGGAGGUUCCUGCACAGCCCAGCCUGAACUAGCCAAAGACUCAGGGAAGUGGGAGCCAGAAGGGUGCCCAGUGGCACACUCAUCCACCACAGAGUUGGAAGAAGAGGAACCAGCUGAGGGGGAGCCAGAGCUCUGGGGCCCAGGGAUGCCCCCGGGUGCCAAGUGGUGCCCCGGGUCCGUGAGGCGAGCCACCUUGGAGUUUGAGGAGCGCUUGCGGCAGGAGCAGGAGCAGUACGGUGCUGCCCCUGCUUGUGCCUCGUUGUCCACUCGUAAGAAUUCCAAGAAUGAUUCUUCUUCUGUGGCAGAUCUGGCAUCAAAAGGGAGGAGUGAUGAAGCCACCCUAGAACAUGCAUUUGUCCCCAGGGAACCAGAGACGAGCAAGGGCAAAGGGAAAUGCAGUGGGUCUGAGGCUGGCUCCCUACCCCAUUCUGAGCAGCAUGCCAUCGUUCCAGCACCCGAGCUGCCGGAGUCUCACCCGUUGCCAGCUCCUCAGAAGUGCCCAGGGUCAGGUCCCAGAACACAGCAGGAAGGAGUCCUGAAGGAGCAGAGGACUUCGGUCUCAUGCCAGGGACCUGAGACACCAGCAGUCCCUCUGCCUCUUCCCAAGAAGAUAGAAAUCAUUGAAUACACCCACACAGUCACGACACCUGAUCACGGGCCAGAGGGGGAAACAGCCACCAGCGAAAAGAGUGGGGAGCAGGGACUGAGGAAAGUGAAAGUGGAGGAGUCCGUUACUGUCCUCUGUGCACUGGAUGAAAAUCUGAACCGGACACUGAGCCCCGACCAGGCUUCUCUGCACCCCAGAGCGCUACCUCUGCCUCACUCUUCCUCUCCCGAGCCUGAGCACGGCAGGCCCGCCCACCCAGCCCCCACCCUGAGCAGCCCUGGAGACGGGGGCAACAGCCCAGCAGCUGCCCUGGAGACGGCAGCGCCUUCUGUCAGUCACUCAGCACACGUACUUGGUGCCAGCUUGGCUUACCUGCAUCCCCAGACGGUGGUUCACCUGGAAGGCUUCACAGAGCAAAGCAGCACCACAGACAAUGAGCCCUCUGCGGAGAAGGGCAGCUGGGAGGAAAGUCAGGAGGGCCCCCUCUCCAGGGGCAGUGGAGUGCCAUAUCAGGGCUCCCAGGUAAGUAGCGAAGACCUGUGUUUAAUUAGCAGACUCGGUGACAGUGUUGGGGAGCAGCAAGAAAAACUGGACCCAUCACCUGUAGCCUGUCAGCUCCCACACAGCCCUAGUAGUGACGGUAUAAAGGGUCUCAGUCACAGCCCCAGUGGGGUGAAGGAACGCGCUAAAGAAAUCGAGUCCCGAGAGAUUUCCCAGGUAGGGCUCCCCAAACCAUCGCAAAUGAGGCGUUCAGCUUCCCUCGCCAAGUUAGGUUACCUGGACCUCUGUAAAGACUGUUUACCGGAGAGGGGGCCUAUCUGCUCUGAGUCCCCUCAUCUCAAACUGCUUCAGCCCUUCCUCAGAAUGGGCUCGGGAAUGGAGGCCCAGGAGCCCCCAGAAAACCCAGAUGCUCCCCAGAACCUAGAGCCCACCAAGUGGUUCAUAGAGCAACUCAAAACAACAGAGUGUAUCGCACAGAGCAAGCCGGUGGAGAGGCCCCUUGUACAGUAUGCCAAAGAAUUUGGUUCCAGUCAGCAGUGUUUGCUCCCCAGGGCAGGACCUGAAUUGACUAGUUCUGAAGGAGGCCUUCCUUUGGUACAGACCCAGGGACUGCAGGGUGCAGGCCCAGCUCCAGGGCUGGCUGUAGUGCCCCGUCAGCAGCACGGCAGAACUCACGCCCUAAGGAGACUGAAAAAAGCAAAUGAUAAAAAACGGACAACCAACCCCUUCUAUAAUACCAUGUGAUUCUGAGCCUCUACAUGUGACUUUCUGAAAGAAAUGUUUGUAAAAGGGGCAGGUGUAAUAUGUAAGGAACAUGCACUUUAUUGGUUAAUUUUAUAAUACUUUGGUCAUUUUACUGUU